AUUGAGAAACACCUCAUACGGAGAGAAAAAGAGAGAGUGAAAGAUGGGUUUUGAAAUGAGAGUAUAUGGUUGGAUUGCAAUGACCAUUUUGGUAAUUUUUCUCUAUCCAUGUCUCUGUUUGGAUAAAACAAAUAGAAGGAGUUGCAAUAUAUAUGAAGGGAGUUGGGUUUAUGAUGAAUCAUAUCCUCUUUAUGAUUCUUUAAAAUGUCCUCAUAUUCGUGGGGAGUUCAAUUGCUUGAAAUAUGGUCGUGUUGAUAAACAAUACCUCAAAUAUAGAUGGCAACCAAGCAAUUGCAACUUACCGAGAUUUGAUGGAAAGAGUUUCUUGAAAAAAUUCAAGGGAAAACAGAUCAUGUUUAUAGGAGAUUCAUUGAGUCUCAACCAAUGGCAAUCAUUAAUAUGCUUGCUACAUUCUGCUGUACCACAAGCUACAAUAAUACAACAAGGUGGUAAUCAUCCUAUCAAAAACUACACAUUCCAGGACUAUGGAGUUUCAAUUAUUCUCUUCCAUUCUAAUUUUUUGGUUGAUAUUGAAGUGAAAAAAAUUGGACGAGUAUUGAAACUUGAUUCCAUUAAGCAUGGAAAUUUAUGGAAAAAUAUGGAUGUUUUGAUUUUCAACACUUGGCUUUGGUGGUACCGCAAACAAUUAUCCGAUUAUAUUCAAAUAGGCAACAAAAUAGUAAAAGACAUGGAUCGUACGAAAGCUUACAAAAUCGGUUUGACAACUUGGGCUAAUUGGGUUAACACAGAGGUUGAUACAAACAGAACCAAAGUUCUUUUCCAAGGAAUUUCACCUAUGCAUUACAAUGGGACACAAUGGCAAAAACCAGGAGUGACAAACUGUGCAAAAGAGACAACACCAAUAAAUAGACCAUCAUCGUCACUUAGAUUGCCACCAGCAUCAUAUGUAUUGCAAAGUAUGUUACAAAAAGUAAUAAAACCUAAUCAACUUUUCAACAUUACAGCUCUUUCAGAAUUAAGAAAAGAUGGACAUCCUAGUUUUCAUAAUAUCUUCCAUGGCAUAGAUUGUACUCAUUGGUGUGUAGGUGGAGUUCCAGAUACUUGGAAUGAGCUUUUAUAUGCAUCAAUCAAGAAUUAGAAUUAAGUGAUUACAAUAAGAAUAGAAUCAACAAGGUACAACUGCAACAGAAACAUCCGCCGCCCGCCUUCGACCCUAGUUUAUUCUUUUUCUUCAUCCACUAAGGAGAGGUGGCUUUAGCGUCAAUUUUUGACCUAAAAUCACCCCUCUAAAUAGUUUUUCCAUUUUUUAUUUUUAUUUAAAUAAGUGAUUUUCACAUAUAUUUAAUUUUUAUCUCUUUAUGAUUUCGUCGUCUCAAUGCGAUGUUGUGUUGGUUGUCGACUUGUUGUGGCAUUAUUUUGUAAUGAGCGGUUUGUUUAGUUCCGAUUGACGGAUUAAACUCGACUCAGUACAUUUCAGUCAAUGACUUUGAAUUGCACAAUUUGUUAUGUUGUUCCUCCGAUUGAGAUAUGAUCAAAUAAAAUAUAAAAUGUUGAUGCCUUCCUCCAA